AUUACCCUAUUAAUAUCUCGACCAAAACCUCGUGAGACACGCGAGGCUCCUCGAACGUAACUUUUUUGAACAGUAACCAGUCAUGCUCAAUUAUUGUCAUGGUUAAUAUCUCCUUCUACACCCCAUCACUCGUCCCCCUCACCCUGGUCUCUCUCUCUCUCUCUCUCCCUUGUCCUCGUCCUCCUUCUUCCCACAACAAAAAUGGCGAUGCUAGAGAAGGGCCUCUCGACCCCUCUGAACGCGAAGCUCACUGGCUCCGGCACCGAGACAGUCGUUCUCGCUCACGGUUUCGGAGGAGACCAGACCGUGUGGGACAAGAUCCUCCCUCACUUGUCUCAGCAUUUCAGGGUCCUCACCUUCGACUGGGGCUUCUCGGGAGCUGUCAAUGAGCAAGAAGGUCUGUUCGACCCUGUGAAGCACUCGUCCUAUGAAGGUUUCGCCUGUGAUCUGAUCUCUCUUCUCGAUGAGCUCGACCUCAAGUCCACAGUCUUCGUCGGCCACUCCAUGUCCGGCAUAAUCGGUUGCGUUGCCUCUGUGAAGAGGCCUGACCUCUUCAAGCGCCUCAUACUCCUGGAUGCUUCUCCUAGGUACUUAAACACGGACGGCUACGAGGGCGGAUUUGGGACCGCGCAGAUUGAUCAAAUCCUAUCGAGCAUAGAGUCCGAUUACCACGGAUGGGCAGCCAACUUUGCUUCUCUGGGGGUGGGUCCGGGCGACUCCCUCUCGGUCGAGGUGCUCACCAAGAGCUUGAGAAGGAUGAGGCCUGAUGUCGCGCUUCCCUUAGCCAGGAUAGUUUUCCUAUCCGACCACAGAGAGAUCCUCGGGAGAGUGACGACCCCGUGCACUAUAAUUCAGACCACGAACGACCCCGCGGCGCCGAACUCGGUUGCCCAUUACAUGCGCGACAAAAUCCAGGGGAGAACGACGGUCGAGAUGAUCGACGCGUAUGGCCAUUACCCUCAGCUCACCGCACAUCUGCAGCUUCUCGAUGUGUUGGGUGGAAUCUUGGGUUUUGAGUGUGAUUAGCAGAUGAUUAAGCUCUUGGAAGUUUCAUCAUAUGAUUGUACCCUAGACUGGACUAGAAGUCUAGAAUUACCCUCUUAUUUUUAUAUUUUAGAAUCUUUUUUUUUUUUUUUUGGGGAUUUUAUGUAUGGAUAGUGGGUGAAUAAGGUUACAGCAAGAUGCCCAAGUGGGGUCUGUUGUGAUGUGGUAUUUGUGGAUGUGAAUGUGUGAGUUGAGGAUUGGGAGUCUGUUGAUUGCACGUCUUCUGUCUCUUUAGAUUAGGUAUUAUGUUGAAUUGAGUAGUUUGCAUUUAAAUUAUUUGGGCUUGAGCUGCUUGACUGGAUUUCAUUU